GUUACUAACCGCCCUUGAAUACUCUUUAUUGCGAUAAAGUACAUGUAGUUAAAAGUUCGGACAACACAACGAUGGCUGGUGCAUGUAGAAAUGGGUUUAAAGCGUUAAAGACUAUCAUUGAAUACUCAACACAAGCUGUCGGUUUUGAAAGUGUUCUCAAUACGGUAAAACUGGUGGAAGGGGGAGGCGGACGCUGUGUGUGUGAAAUGCGAGUGACAGAUGUGCUCCAAAACCGAGGCGGCACGUUACAUGGGGGUGUCACGUGCACACUAGUCGACGCGGUCUCCACGUGGGCGUUACUUGGCUCUGAGGAUCCCGUGACUGGCGUUAGCGUUGACCUUAAUGUCUCGUUCAUGAAAGGAGCCAAAGUCGGAGAAGACAUUCUUAUAGACGCACAGACUCUGAAACGAGGUCGCCGCCUUGCCUUUCUCUCCGUGGAUAUAACGAACAAGGCGGAUGGGUCACUCCUGGCUCAAGGAAAACACACCAAGUAUAUUGGCGCUUAAAGAAGUUGUCAAUAAAACACACAAAGGUCAUCAUCGCCUAAGGUUUAAAAACUCCGAUGCGAGGAAAACAUAAAAAGUGUCAAAUGGCGCUUUGGUUUUUAAUGUGGUUGCAAAAAGGAAAUGGCACCAAAUACAUGAGUCAUCGUCUGAUGCCCGGAAAGGAAAACUCAAACUAAAAGUUUGGUUAGUGGUCACCAAGCCGGACAAGUGGGUUUUCUCCGGGUAGUCCGGUUUCCCCCACAACACAAGACCACACUCUCGCGCAACAUCGUGCCAUCGAGAGUGACUUAGUAUAAGCUAGCAUAGCUUUCUUCACAAUCGUUGUAAAAUAUAUAAUGUUUAAAGUAAAGGAAAACUCACCAAGCUUACUGUUGCGUAUGCUAAAUGAGCUGGUUUUAUGACAUUUGUUGUGAACCCUAUCCUAACGAUUUGUGAGCCAUUUUAAAAAUAUACUUGUGAACACUUUAAACACAAGACCUCAUAACAAAUGCUUUCACAUAUAUAACUUCAUUGAGGUCAUUAUGCACUUCAUUGGAUGUUGCGUCAAUAUUUGAAUGAAAAAUGAAAAUUGAAUAAGUAUCAUAUCUGGCCGACAAAUGUGCGUAACACUGGAUAUAUGAUUCAUUGACUUUGUCGAAUGCUAUGUUAACCGUGAAUAUAUAAAUACAUGUACGUUAAAAUAU